AUGAGGUGCAGUUCGUGUAUCGGUGGCAGACGUCGCAGUCACAAACGUCGCAACGACCAUGAAUCUACAUCACCAGUGAGACGACCAAGUAAAACAGCUGAUUUGAGACCCGGCCGGAGUAUGGAUCAACAUCUACACGUACCAGAUUGUAUUGAGUAUCGUGUGGAAUCGCCUACGGGCAAGCAAGAGGAGGAUAACAACUCUACUACGGAUGAUUACCGCCCUCCAUCGAUAACGAUCACAGAGCUCGACGAUGAAACUGAUGAAGAAAACGAUGUUGAAACCCACCAGUUGUCAUCUUCAACGAUAAGAAAGUAUGAAGAUACUAUUGAUUCUGAACUAGUGCAUCAAUGUCACCGUGUCACAGCAGUGCAACCUACACGUGCAAUGCUCGAAAUCAUACGCGAAGAGGAAUUGACCGAUUGUAGUGACAGUGAAAAUUCACACAUUUUGCCGUCGUCCGAUAGAAAAGUUCCACCAUCGUCGAAGGAAGCGAACACAACUAAGGCGGACAAAAACACUAGUGAAGGAGACGAAAACGAUGUCGAGCGCGUAACGACAAAAUUCGGCGCUGGCAAUGUGUUGCGCGAUUUGCUACGCUACCGACAGCAGAGAAAACGACGACGAGGAUCCGCACUUCACAACGCUGCACCACCGCACUUUCAACAAAACGGGCAACAGGUUCCGACGACAUGUCUGUUGGUGGGCGCCAAGGAGAGCAAUAUGGCACCAACGGAGUAUCGAAGCAUCUGCACCACGGAGUUAGUCAGCAGUGAGGUAAUGCACGUCGAAGUCGUCAACAUCGGAUCCAACUCCAGCAGUCUUGAUGAUCUUAGCGACAUAGAACUCGAGAAUCGAGAGGACACUGCAGAAAACUUUGGACAAGAAAGCCCCACUAUUCCGCAGCGCAUCGACCACAACGACGGCAGCACCACAUGCUCUGCCGAGCCGUACCAGACACACUGUACCAUUGUUGGUGACAGUGAUCCUUCGAAUGCGACUUCUUCUCACUUUCCCGACCUGCAUCAAACAACCGAAGACGCUGAUCAACGGCGAACGGGCGGCGGCUGUAGGGAUAAUUUUGUCAUCCCAGAAAACCAAUGUUUGAGGCAAAAUAUUCUCAACUCUAGUGAAGUUUGUGCAGCGCUUGCGCAGCUUAACAAUUCACGACCGAACCAAAUGUCCGACUCUGGGAAUGUUGACGACAUUGCGAAAGGGUGUGCGUUAGCUGGUGACGUUGGUGCAGAUCACUGUGAGCGUCGUUACGACGUUACGAGCAGCAUCCAUAAUGUCUUGAACACCACCGUCGAGAAAAUGAGCGAGCAUGCCAACACAUUGGAGAGCAGCGAAGCAAACUCGAUAGUAGGGUCCACCCUCGAGCAUAGUAGCGCUUCGUUACUAGUUGAAGAUCGUGAUCGCGCGUCGGCUGUCGUCGGUAAUGAUGAAAAUGUCAUCAAGGCUUUGAAGGACCCGUGGCCCUCGGUGAACGUUCGUGAUUGUGUACCAAAGUUCGACAUCGAGUGCACUGUGAAUCAUUGUGUUCGGCUCGGUAAAACACCACCGUUGAUUGAGGAAAUCAUGCACUGCGGAGAUCAAUCCCAGGGGGUUGCAAUCGCUGUGAAAAAGGAAAACCAGACUUUUUCCGCUCCACCUCCUCCCACGAAUCGUGUGGCGGCGCAGGUGGUGUCAGAAACGGCAAUCCCGUUGCCUACACCACCGGCCAAAGGGGAUGCAAAUGUGACUAAUCUGGGUCAAAAUACGGUCGAAUCGGCAGAAGUCGACAAAUCCGAUACACCGCCACCUGCGCAGUUAGUUCCGCUAACCGUAGAGGCGCUCUCUUCGAGUACGGCCGGAUUUAACGCCCUAGCCAAAAAUGCUCAAGCUCAUAGUGGCGAUCAUCCUAGUAAAACUGAUCAUGCAGAUGCUAAUCAAAAUAGUACGCAAAAUUGUGUCGAUGCAGUAGCAUCAGUUAAACGACCAGAACCGUCGAAGCGAUCUGUCGAUGACCAAAGUGCUUUGCUUAAGUACCUACAAGUGAACGGUCGCACUGCGGAUUCAAGUGAAAAGCAUUAUCAAGAGUUCAAGACAAAAAACGCCUCUAAUGUAUCCCCAGUCGCAACGGCCUACGGUGAUUGCUUGGUAGGAGAUUUGAAACAGCACCAGCUAGACGAUCCCGUUCCCGUCCACUGUGAUGGUAGUACCGGCGAGGGCAACGCCGACCGUGCAGCAAAAAUAGAACAGGCUCAUGAAGAUCAUGGUGGAGAGAAGAACUGUGGUGUUAGUUCCGAAGAAAUCGUAUUGCCCCCAAAUUUACGUAAUGCUGACCAUGAAAUCUUAGUCUCCGGGACUAAACCUGGCAUGAAUAACGUAGUACGAAACAAACAUCCUAGUAGAACAGUGGAACAAAAACUCCCUUCCAACACUGUGCCACCUGUGUUACCUCUUGUCGGAGACAUUUCCCCGUCUGGUCAUAAGCAAACCUUGACUACCGAUGUACGUGCUGAAAUAAGUCGUUUGAAAGAUGCAGAGCUAGAAGAUGAAUUUCGCAAGCUGGAACUAGAAGCAGCUAGAUUCGAAAGAGAAUUGCAAGCAAUCACUGUGCCCAAGCAAGCGGCCUCCCAGUCGAAUGGAAUAACCGAAGGCACCAAAAAAUAUUAUGUUUCGAAACAAAAUGAUUUUGUAAUUGAAAGAUCUAGCAUGUCCAAUGUUAAGCAUUCGAGUAUGGUUAGUGCUAUACAUGGUAUCUCUUCCGACAACGAACAACAGCAAGAUGCCAGCAGUCUGACAUUUAGGGAGCAGCGCGAGCAACGCAAUCUGCAACAAUCCAAUCAGGACAUGAUAACCAGAAACCCUCCUGCGGUCCAGCUUCGUGAGUCUGGUCCCGUACCUCCUCCUCCUUUACCUCCACCAAUUACUUCCACCAACUCGUCCACGGACAAUGAAGAAUUUUUUGUCAAAAAAGUUAAAGAUCGUGUGCGCGAUCUAAUGGCUUCACAAGCUGCGGCUGCUGAGGCAACAACAAAGUACGCAAUGAAGAUCCGUAGUGCACCAUCGACGCCAACGGCGACGCGGAAAAAUAUUGAAGCAGAAUUCAAAGAAUUUAGAGAAAUUCGACAACGAGAAGCUGUCGCCAUCGAGAAGCAGCUGCUCGACGCCAAACCGACGGUUGUUACCAGAAGCGUACCAGCAAGGCAACCUCCUGCGCAUACCGUACGAAACUUUUCACCGUCACGAAUCCCUCUCGCUACGUCCAAAACUUCCUCCGUGUCUCAGAGAAAACCUAGCGAUGCGUUCAGCACUGGAGGCACCGUUGCUAAGAAACCCCACGACCACGAACAUAAGGAUCAGACAGAGGAAAGCAAUUCGGAAAAGAUCCAAGUAAACGUUGCCGCACUUAUUGCCACACAUCAAGAAAAGCAACAAUUGAGCACUUUACCAGCGGUUGCGCAAGUCCCGAAAAUAGCUCCUACUCCACAGGUAGAGCAUAUCGAAACUGACAAUAAUAACCCCGCGCAGGAUGAUCCAGCUUCCGCCGAAGUGGUAGUUAGCGUCAGUGAUAAGUGUCAACAAUUCGAACAACGAAUUCGACAAAACUCUACGGAAAGUGUGUGCGAUACGACAACGCACGUGCGUAAGAUUUGCAACAACUCGACGGCCGGACAAGCGCCGAUCCAGCAGAAACCCGGAGUGUGGUCUCCCUUUAAUCGCUCCACAGAAGUCCUCACCAAAGCAGAACUUGCCGAACGAUCACCAUCACAUCACGAAACCAUCGUAUCUCAACAGCCUCCUGUGUGGACACCACGAAGCGCACCUCCAUCACCACUAUCCGAACGCCGCGAAUUUCGUCGGAUAGGAUUCGAAUCACCAACACCUACACGAAGAACCAUCACGCCAACACCUGCAGAUCCGUCUGCAGUGGUAACGCCUCCGUGGAAUCAGCCGGGGUACAAUCCUCCGCUGACAGUUGCAGACCAUCCGAAACCGAUCCCACUUCAGAGUUCUGCUUCCAACCGAGCAGUAGUUAGCUCGCCCAAAAUUUCCACACCACCUCCACCACCACCAGAACAAGGAUAUCAAGUGCGAUUUCCACCACUGCCACGAUCGACCAACUCCCAGGAACCAACGAUUAAUUCCCUUUUGAAGUCUAAAGAUGGAAAAACAGCUACACCAAAUGGUUUGGAAACUUCAGAAAGUUUGAAAAAGAGUUCAACGUUAACCGCUAGUAGCGUACGUACUUCAUCGUCCUUGAUGACGAACACCUCUCAGCUUGGUAGUGUGGUUAAUACAAAUCAAACCAACUACCAAAACCCACCAAUAAGACAUAGAGCAGAACAAUCCAGUGCCUCUUUGCAAGCAACAGGUGACAUGCAGGACCGACAAAUGCAACAGCCUGCAAACAAAGUGGAAGGAAUCGGCCCUAUCUCCAGGGAAGGAAUGCCGCUCACGUUAAGAUCAGAGAUUGAUGAAACGAAUCGGGAUAAAUGGUACAAACAGAUGUACCAAACGCUCCACAAAACGCACGAAGAUGACGAUUAUGUUACCGUACGAUACAAAACUCGCAGAGGUUAUCCUUACAAAUCGAGUGGCUAUCAGUCGGAGCCCGAACCGAACUACGAUUCAGACUACAGCAUCAAGUAUAGUACCCUCGAUCGCAGACGGACUCCUGUAGGCUUAAGUCCUACCAGCUACAAUAAAUUUAACACGUUGCAAAGCAAACCGACAACACCGCAACCGUACCAUCAGCAGUCGGUGAAAUCAGGACAUGCAUCGUACAAAAACCAACCUGGAAGAAUAGAAGAUUACACACCGGGGCGAUCCUCAAUUUCGGAAAAAGAAUCUAAAGAGUGGUGGGAUGAAGUAAUGGACAUUUUUAACGGGCAACUGGAACAUCAGAAACUCACUGGUAAAACAUACACCGAAGGAAAUUUGUCAAGAGCACUCAAGGAACAGGGAUACGAAAGUGACUCAACGCUAGUUUUUCGAAAACGAGAGCCUCCGGUUAGUGCAGCUCUAAGCCCAGUGGAACAAAAGCAGUACUAUAAAACCAUGCAAGCAGGGGGUGAGAUUCCACUGCAAGGUUUCCGCAAACCGGCUCCCGAACGGCCAAAAGAUCGUAGCGAAGAAGCAAUCGAGUCGGACUUGUUGGUGGAAAUCAAGGAAAAUAACAGCGGUAAUAACUCCAACAUCGCUUACGCAGGACAUUCCACCACAUCCACUGGUGACAGUAACAAUGCUUCCCAUGCACUGGAGAAUAUCAGUUGCUACCCUAUCGUAAACAUACAUCGCCCGUUGGACAUGUUCGGAUCAUUUCUCAAGGAAUCGCGUACAUUUGUACCGCCCGUCCCGCCAAGUCGUAAAUCGUCGCGCAGCAACUCCACAUUGAAGAUCAUGUCCCAGGUGAAAACGAAUACAUUCAACAGACGCACGAUGUUGGAGCGAACGACAACAACCACUACAUCAGCAGGCAACCAGCAAAUGGCAAAGUUCCGAUCGAAAUCGGCCGGACCAUUAUCGUUCGGAGGUGCUACCACCUCAAGCUCUUCGAUCAUGGCAACGUCUGCGUCGAUGAUGAAAGAGGAGAAAAACCAAGAAAACAAUACUCGCGUUGCUUCAAAACGCUCCACCGUUUCGACCUACCGUUCAAGCUCCAGCAGCCCCACCGGACAGCUACGAAAAUCGAGCCAAAGUCCGGUUGCAUUUGGUCGCGGUAUCUCGAAGGAACGGACGUUUGCCGAAGAGAAAAAGCGCAUCGAAGAAAAGCUGCCUAAAAUUGUGUCCGUUUCAACGAGCAUUUUGCGCAACCCCGAAUUAAAGUCACCGAAUGAAGUUAAAAAAGCGCUACGCAGUUCCUACCUGCCAAUCGUGGGAAGAGUGGAAAGCUCCGAGCGAUCGUCUCUAAAACGCUUCUCUUCCAACGGAACAUUUCGAAGUGCAUCAAGUACGUACUCUUCCAACAAGAGCCUGAAUAGAGUUUUAUCUCCUGCGUCAAAUCACAGGAAGGAAGACAAAACCUUCAGGAUUACGGUCUCUUCCGCGCCUACCAAAGGAAAGGAUAUAGCGCAACAGCAACUACAGAAGAGAUCUCUCAGUCGGAAGUCGAACGCUGGUCGUACUUCGACGCCAAGCAUUACCAUUAAAACCAGCUUCCAAAAGGCGUCGAAAGCUUUUGGACUCAAAGCUACAUCCUCAAGCCAAAGUCUCGCUCGAUCUUGUUCAACGUAUUCAAUCGAAUCCACCAACCAAAAGUCCCGUCGAUCCCGCAUUUCCUGCGUUCCGUCCAAUACCGUGGCAACGACCAGAAAUUAUCUUCAAACACAGCAAAGACUCCUUGCAAGCAGCAGUCUCGAUCGUGGUCUAAAGACAUUGAGAACCAAAUCACCAACAAUGCUACAACAUGCGUACGAACAGAGAGUCGUUCAACAGAAAGAUAAUGUGCGCUCGGAUGCGUUUUUCCAGAAGCUUUUCCUUAGAAGAUCGCAACCUCCGUCCGACCUCGACACAGACGAGAAGCCUGCAAGUGUACUAGACAAGGCUCGCCUGUGGAAUAAUCUUACUUGUCGUUCGGAGCCUUCGCUGAAACAAUCCAACUAUUAUCUCUCGCAAUCCAAACCCGUGUCGUCUUCAAAAUUCAAGGCCAAGGAGAAACAAAAUAAUUCCGAGCUUUCUACGGCGUACCAAACCGUCCGUCACGUAGGUCGCGAAGUUAUCGAGCAAGUGCACCGAUUUGAAUCGAUGAUCAAGCUUACCGAUCAUCAACCCGAGGAUCAAAACCAAUUCGGCUACGUGCGGGGACGUCGAAUGGAAAUAGAUUACAGUUUCCAUGAGCGUAGUCGCAGUGAACCACCGGCAGAAACUGCGACCACUACCACGACUAGUACGACUAUACAGGAGGAACUGAUCGGCACAGAUUCACCAAGAACGAUUGUGGGUCGCCGGUGUCAGGUUGCUCAACGUACAUCCCGGUCUCCUUCCUGCCGACGCAUUCAGUAUCUCAAAGGUAAAGAAGGGCAUGUAAAGAAAAUAAUAAGAACACGGAGUCUAAGCGGCAAUACUGGACAACGGGUUUGGUUAGAAAAACCAAAGGAUGAGUUAGUUCGCAGCCGUUCGCUGAAUCUCAGCCAAGAGCCUAGUGUUUCUCGAAGUCGCUUUCGCGAUCUCAACACUUUCUACAAUAGUUUGGAACGACUCGGACAGUUAGAGCGCGUCACCUCAUCUUCAUCCAAUGACUUACGACCAACGCGGCGCACGCGUGAAGAAGAAAUCAUCGAUUAUGAUCUUUGGAAACGUGUGCGCGACCAGGAGAAGGCGGAACGUGAGCUAAACCAGAUAAAAAACAAACUCAAGCAAGAUCAACGCGAAAAAGAUCUGUUCUUUUUGCCGCGCGAUCCAGAAGACGUUCGCUGGAGAAGCGAUCAGGACACAGGACUUCGCAAUCGCGAAAAAUCGGUUGAGGAUCUAAAGUGCAUACUGAACGAACAGGCCCUCAGCUUUGAGGAUGCCAAAUUACGCGAUCUCGAAAACCGAAAGGAUUACUACAAACCCCUUUGGCGCGGAUCGUCGGUAAUAGAUGUCGCUUCACAUCUGCAGGAAAAGUAUUCUGGCUCGGGCGAGAAAAGAGACGAGCCUCAAUCGCUCGACAUAAUCAGCAGCAACUUGCUCAGCACGCUGUCGUUCGAACAGAUGAAAAAACUAAAGAAUCAACUAAGUGAAAUUUACAGCCACGGAGCGCAGAAAGAACCGACAUCGACCACAAGAGUUACAUCACAAGUGCAUCAGCAGGAAGAAUACGUUAUCAAUGUACCUGAAAGGGCUAGUAAGCUAGAAAGUUUACUCAAAGUGCGCAGCCAUUCGGUGCUUACACAGGAUAAGAUCAAUGAGAGCCACCUUCGAACGCAGGCGACCAAAUUCGGCAAUACAAUCGGCGACAAACCUCACAAAACGACCAACAUUCCCACAAUGCUUCAAAGUAGCUCAUCGAAAGUAGUGGACCGUGCGGCACUCUCACGCACACUUUGCCAGGAGUUGAAGGACAAAAUUCUGGAGAAACAUCAUACGCUACCAUCGAUCGGCAAAAAGAAGAAACAUGCUCGACCUACAAUUCUGAUGAAAGAAGAACCACGCUUCCUAUCUUUGGAGAGUAAUUUGAAAAAAGUCAGCGGGGACAAGCCCAUCCAGUCGGCAAAACCCAUAACACGCAAAGAAAGUGACAAAGAGUUCGAGGUGAUCAUACGUAAGGAGCGUCCACAAUCCUACUGCGAUACAGAAAGCAUUUCCUCAGAAACUUCCAAUAAAACGGUAAUCUUCCGUAGUCAGUCGUUGACACAUGCUCCAGAAGUGCCGGUUGAAGACAUCAAAACCAAAAUCAAAUAUUUUGAAGAAAAGCAAAUAAUUGAUGAAGCUCCAACGGUAACAAUUUAUCAUGCGCGUGAAGAUUCCUCACUUUCGGAGAAUGAAUCAGGGACGCAAAGAAAUGCUGACAACAAGGUAUUUGCUGCUAAAGGAGCCUGCAGUUCUAUGAUAUCACUUUCCCAGUCGUUCACCGAUCUAAAGGAUCUGUUUGGCGAGAAACGAUCGGUGUCCUGUUCCGCGUACACUGCCUCCUCUUCGCACGAUGCAAAUCGAACAUCCGCCCGAAAACUGUCUCCCAAACGAUUCACUUUACGCUCCCGCAGUUCCACCCCAGACUAUGCUACAUGCAUACAGACGGGUGAAGUGAAAAAGAUUAAGGACAAGUUCGAAAGCCUGGACAUCAACAUAUGGCGUCAACCGCCAUCGACAAGCCCGGAACGUCAGUAUCAGAGUGAUUCGGAGCUAAGUUGCCAACCAUCGGCAGAGGUCGAUAAGAGGUCUCAUGAACACUCCGCAAAGCGACAAUGCAAACCUGCGACAGGAUCAACGAUCGUGCGCCAUCUCGAAUCCGGUGACGUAUCCCGCAUCACACAUAAGUAUGAGGUACAAUCUGAACGUGCCCGAAGCCGCAAGUCACGGAAGGAACGCGUCACAUCGCCGAUUCCUAAAAAUCCCUUUCGUAAGGACGAUCGCUUUAUGCCGCAUAUAAACGUCAUAAGCAAGACAGCUUCGCUCAAGCGUGAAAUAAAGCCGACCCGUACAUCCGUCGCACAUCAACCAGCCGCAAUAAAACCGGCCGUUUUGCAAUCCACACAGCUACCAAACAUAUCCGCGACGACUACUAGAAGUGCAUCCGCUGGCAGCUGUGGACGUCGGAGUGCGUCCUCCGGUAGUGAAGAGUUCGAAAAGCUGAAAAAGUCUCCACGUCGCUAUAUUGAGAGCGAUGUCAACAUCCACUACAAAACGCCAAUCCGGUUUGAGUACAAGGAUCCCAUACCGGACGAUGAACUGGCGUAUCGUCAGGCGGAACAUAUGCGACGAGUUUAUCAAGAAGAGCGCCGCCGGAAGUACAUGCAUGAGCUGGAAGAUAUGCACUCCAGGCGCCACAUGGACAACAUUUUGCCAUCUCAGAAAUCACCGAUCCCGCUAAACCGUUACGAUGACUUUGCGGCCGACUUGUCGGUCAAACCGCAGAUCGUUCAGCAGCCAAAAACUAUUGCUCGAGCGUUGUACAAUUUUCAGGGCCAAAGUGUACGAGAACUGUCUUUUCGCAAAGGCGAUAUUAUCUAUUUGAGACGUCAAAUCGACAAAAAUUGGUACGAAGGAGAACACAAUGCCACUGUUGGUCUGCUGCCGGCAAAUUACAUCGAGAUUCUUUCCAGAGACAACUUCAAUGUCAGACCGUUGCCCAAAAAGCCCUCCCGGGAAGGAAAGGCCAGGGCAAAGUUUAAUUUUACAGCGCAAACCACCGUCGAGCUAUCACUGCUGAAGGGUGAACUGGUUACGCUUACCAGACGGGUGGAUGACAACUGGUUCGAAGGCAAAAUAGGGAACAAAAAAGGAAUUUUUCCAGUAUCAUACGUGGAGAUACUGACCGAUAUUGAUGGCGAAGAGAGCUACGACAUCGAACCUAUUGCCAGCAGUCCCCAACAGUCAGCCCUCGGAGUAACAAGUGCACUUACGACGCACUACGACAAUUCGCACACCAACGGCCGUGUUUCGCCCGGCAUCGUGCGAGAAACGAAGACGAUACAGAAAACGGAAGUCCUGCACGUAGACACCUCCAACGAACCAAUAUCCUAUCGAGCACUGUAUAACUACAAACCACAAAACACCGACGAACUGGAACUGCUCGAAGGGGAUGUAGUGUAUGUUUUAGAGAAAUGUGACGAUGGAUGGUACGUGGGCACAUCGGCACGUUCGGGAUGCUUCGGAACGUUCCCUGGCAAUUACGUGGCUAAGCUGUGAACACUACGGAGCGCCUUUUAAAUCCCUCAAAACAUCGGCAGCAGCAUCCAUCACACGGAGUUAAACUUACGCGUCAAACAAACCACCCAUAAGAUUGAAGGCCGCUUAAGUGUUUAGUAGUAAAUGUGUUAACAUGGCAUCUCACACCAAAUGAAAACAUACAAACGAAAAAAAAAAAAAGCAAAUGCACCCUUGCCAACAAUUAACGUACAUUU